CACUUCAACUAAGAAAAUCAUCCUUCUACACUAAACCCGAUCGUAAGUAUGCAGAACGCUUACAGUUUCGCGGGGCAACCCAAAUCUACCAACUCUACGGAGCCACCCAAAUUCCCGCCAUGUGAGCAGGUGGUAUGUCCAGAAAUCGAGAUGACCGACUAUGAUUAUACCCAGGAAAAUCAGGCGAUCCCCUCGGACGAUGUAGACAUGAUCGAUGUGCACACCCUUUCCCAGCAGGUCCCGGGACUAGUAGCGGGUAAUCCAUUUCUGAAAAGGGACAACAAUACUAAGCCGAAGUCGAAACAGACUAAUGUUAUGCUACACUCGGCUCAGACUCAAACUGAUCCUCCCUCAAGCUUCGAGGUUGGAGUCUUUGAGUUGCUGAGGGAGAGAAAGAUCUACUCUGUCACUUACGAGAAAGGCAAGCUUGAGGUUAACAUCGAGUAA